UGGGAGGCUUAUUUGAUUCCAAACCUUCUUAAGGAGCUCAUUCGAUCAUCUGUUCGUUUAUUUAUCUAAAAUUCAGUUUAAAAGAUUCUAGUGGUUUCUUAUAUAAUAUAGCAGCACAUGGACUCUUUGCCUUUGUCCCCAUGUAGUCCUUAUUUCCACAUGAUGUAGUACUUUUGCAAGAGUCAUACAUUAUGGCUGUAAUUAUGCAAAGCUCCGCUUUAAAAACAUUGAAGAUUGCUAGAGACAGUGUCUUGUUCAACUCAUUCAACUGAGUGCAGUAAUUACUGUUAGCAAUCGCUUUUUUAAUCGGGUUCAGUUCCCAGUUAUAACUCUUCCCUAAUUCAUAACUGUAUUUUAAUUUAAAAUUUAAUGCUUUUCCAGUAUGGGACGAGAGUCAAAGUAUAGUUCAAAGCUGAAAAACUCUUUGUUAAGUUCAUUUUUGAUAUAUACACCGAAAACGUCAAAGUGCAAGAAUAUUACUUGGAGAUACGGAUAUCAUCUUCUCGCUAUGUUAGCUCGUGAAAGAUCUUUUCAACACUCGAACAUAAAAUCUGCAUCUCCGCGCGCCCGUGUGAUAUCCUCUACUUUACUGUAUUGCUUUUAA